CAAAUAUCAGUUUGAUAUCGCGCAGUUUGAUUCGCCGUGACGUGGACGCCUUAAGGCGGGGCUUGGCUGGGAGGGGGUGCCGGGCGCGAUGCUCGCCAUACCAUUCCGUGCGAGCGUAGCCGUCGCUCGUGUGAAGUGCCCGUGCGUCUCGUGUCCGUGUCCUAUGUCCGUGCGCGUGUGAGGGUGUGAGCACGUGCCAGUCCCCCUGAGUGGCUUAUUCGUCGUCUCGUGCAGAGAAGCCGCCAAGAUUCGGGUGAAGAACCGCGAGCCGGUGCCGGCGUACGCCAUGGCGGACGCCGACCGCGAUUCGGACCUUGGCGAUGACAGCCCAGUGUCCGCGCGGUCAGAAGGGGAGUCUUCAGGGGAGCAAUCUUGCGAGAGCUCAGACGAGGGGGUGGGUCGGGACGCGCCCGCUCCCCUCCAGCACCCGCCCAACCAGCCGCACCCACAUCAACCCCAUCAGCCUCACCAGUCGCCCCAACUACACCAGCAUAAUAUGAACCAUCACCCGGUUGUGACGCACCCAUCACUCGGCAACCACCAACUCAAUCACCAUCCGAGGAAUUCGCCUAGACCGCAUGAAAGGGAACUCAAAGUUCGUGAUGACUUCGAGUCCCUGAAAUCGUCACUCCACCCGCACCUCUCUUCGCUGGCGUCGUUGGCCCAAGGCGCGCCCCUUUCGACGCCAAGCAGCGUGUUCGCGUUGGCCGGUGCGGGGCCAACGGGAGGGUUUCCGUACGCCCCGCCGGCCUUUCUGGCCCCAGCGCCGCCACCACCGGCUCAACCUGCUGGGUCAGCGUCGUCAUCAUCGUCAGAGGGCAGCGCGGCGGGAUGGAGCUUCGAAGAACAGUACAAGCAGGUCCGUCAGUUGUACGAAAUCAGUGACGAUCCACAGAGGAAGGAAUUCCUCGACGAUUUGUUCUCCUUCAUGCAGAAGCGAGGAACUCCUAUCAACAGAUUACCGAUCAUGGCCAAGUCUGUUCUGGACCUCUACGAGUUGUACAACCUGGUGAUCGCACGCGGGGGCCUUGUAGAGGUCAUAAACAAGAAGCUCUGGCAGGAAAUCAUCAAGGGCCUCAGACUGCCUUCUUCCAUCACAUCUGCUGCCUUCACACUUCGCACACAGUAUAUGAAAUACCUGUACGACUAUGAGUGCGAGAAGAAGAAUCUCUCUACAAGGAGUGAGUUGGAUGCUGCCAUAGAAGGAAACAAAAGGGAAGGUAGACGCGCUUCGGGACAGUACGACGCACAAGCGGCUUUAGCUAUGCAUUCCUUCCAGCCCCCGCUGAACCGCGUGCCGGCGUCGCUCGCGCAGCUGUCCCAGCACAUGCAGCCGCUGUCUCUUUCCCUCGCGGGCGUGGGAGGAGUUCCGCGGCUCCCCCCGCUGCCUCCACACGCCCCUCAUCUUUCGCAACACGACCUCGAGUACCGCGUGCGAGAGUACAUGAAGAUGAUACAGCAACAACGAGAGCUUAUGAGGAACGGUUCAGAAUCCCCGCCCGGCUCGAACGCGCCCGCGCCCAUAAUGUCGCCGCGCGACGCCGCCGCCCUCAGUGCCAUCGACGUGUCCCGCUUGACUCUGUGGUCCCUAUACAACAAUAACAACAACAACAGUCCACAGCCAGAACUAGAGCCACAACGGUACGUGUCUAGCGAGGCGUUGAACCUCAGCGAGAGCCCCAACUCGAGCGGCAGUGGCGGCAAGCGCGAGGCGUGCAGAUCCCCCCCGCCGCCCGCCAAGCGCCGCACGCCACGCCCCCCCUCCCCCGCCGCCCGCCCCGAGCCCGCGCACCCCCACCACGUGUCCGAGCCGCGCUGCCCACCGCCCGCGCAGCUCAACGGCGCGCCACCGCCCAACGGCGUUAACGGCGCCGCCUUCAAGAUCACCACCAGGGGUGAUGCAAGCACAGGCGACCAGCAACUAGUCGUCUCGAUAGAGCUGAACGGUGUGACAUACGAAGGUGUCUUAUUCCCAUCACAGAACGGGAACGGACAGAACGGUCACAGGCAAAUGGUGUCUUAAGUCUAGCGCUGUAAAGUUCAUUAUCGUUCUAUUUCUUCAGUCCCGGAUCACGUGCAUAGAGAGAUUUAUAAAAUACAGUUUGGUAGCGAAUUGUCUAUGUUUGAGAGUUCCGAGCGAGCAGGAGAGGGGAUAUGUGCUUAUUGAUUGUAAGGAUUUUUUUAUGUAAAGAAUUUGACACAAAUUCGAUACUGCUUGAAAGUAUUAUAAGGUGUUCGUAUUAAAAUUUCAAUGUAUUGACUCGCAGGACCAACACUUUCUUCAAAGUCAUCCUGUCGCUUUUUCUGUUCUCCUCUUUUGGACACAGGCAAAUUGUUCGCUAGCUCACUGUUAUUAUUUCAGGUUAGGUUUAUGUCUAAUACAUAGAUUAAAAACUUGUUAAUCCCAGGACACUGGCGAAUUUUGCUGACGACAAAUUUAAUACAAUCCCUAUUUUAUUGAAGUGGGCUUGGUUGGCCUGUAUAAAUAACUACUUAGAUUAAAACAAAAAGGGAAGAUACGGCACUCGCGGCUCAAAAAUGAUCCGCUUUAAUUGUGCUGCUUGACCACAAUUCGCUUUAGACACAAUUGGACAUUCAAACACGCUGCAAGUGCACUCAAUAUAACAAUAUUGGGUAUAUUCUAUGUCAUAAAUAUAAAACAAUGCCUUCGAUGCUUUACUAAAGAACACAAAUAGUCCGAAAUCAAAUAACAAAUGCCUCGGCAACACUUUUCAAUCGUAAAACUGUAAAAACAUUUUUUUCUCAAAAAUCGCGGUUUGUCGUGAAUGUUGUUUACGUAAUCGCCAUUUUGUUAUCAAGAAAAGGACAACAAUACAGCUCAGCCGUACGGACUCGGAAGCGGAUUCGUCGGUCCGCUCGCGCUGCCUUGAAGCGUACAGUUCUGUUUCGCUCGCGCGAUCGAAUAAGUGGGCGUGUGUGAGAGUUGCUUAUGCAGUUGAGUCGGAUCAUAUUUUAUUUGAUGCUAGUAUGAGCGUACCGUAUUUUCCCUUUUUGUUUUAAUCUAAGAAUAACUAUUUGGUUUAAAUUUUUUUUGGGGCAUAGUUAAAUUAUAUUACUUAUAUUUUUUAACUAAUAUCUGACGAUUUUUGUUACACCUUAAUACUUCGUGCGCUAAUAUAAAUCUAUGUUUAACGGUAGAUAUAAACCCAGCCUAAGCGCCAACAUUGAAACACAAUGAUCUCAAAACCUGUAUAGGUAUUGGGACUAACAAACAUACUUAAAUACUUUUAUCAAAACUCGAAUUAUUUUAGUACAAAUUCCGUUAUCAAAAUCGUCAUCGAUUCUCUUAAACGUGAUUUAAGGUUUACGCACACAUACCAGCGCGAAAACUUGUCGUUGCCACUUCAUCUCGAGCUGUCAAUAUAUUAAAAAUUUGGUAUAAAAAUUCUACUACAACGCACAUUCACAAAUCAUUCAUGGCUUUGCUUUGCCUCUGGACGAGUUCGGUUUGUUAUGAGGGAGUGUCGUUUUGUUUCUACGAUGGUUAUGUGUGUUUUAACCUCAAGUUUGCUCCUAAUUCGCAAAAUUUAUUCAUAACCUUCUUAUUUUUAUAUUAAUUCACUGCCUGUAGGGACAAGAGAAGGAUCGCAUAGUUUCUCUAUGGUUCCGGAAGGAUUUUUGUAUAUUGUUUUAAUAAAAUGUGUCAUGGACUCAUGACAAAUGACGGCGUUCUGUAAAUAUAGUUUUAAAUUUACGUAUUUAUAAAUUUGAUAUGUUUCGAUCGUGUGAUAGUCGAGAUGAGUGUUCGUUUGUUUUUUAAUGAUGUGGCUGUACAUUUCUGUAAAUAUUAAAAGAUUUUUGUGUAACGUGUUUUUUAUACACCGAUAGUAUGUUUGUGAUUGAGUUAUUACGAGAUGUAUAUUUUAAAAUGUCGGCGAUGUCAGUAUUGUAUUUAGAUGUAGGUCUAUCUAUUUAUCAUACACAGCCUGUGUUGCGAGAUUUUAUUUUAAACACGUGAAAUAUUAAAGAUUGUUUUUUGGUUAUUCUUUUUAUUCAAAAAAUCAGCCGGUUUUAUUAGGCUAACUAAAUGUUUGUGCUAGUUGAUGAUAUUUCACAAAAAAUAUCUUUUGCGCUCAGCAUCAUUAUUAUUUUCACCAAUCAGUAAAAAAAAAAAUUGAUCUGUUCAUUAAGAAGCAAUUCUCGAAUAACAAAUAAAUGUAGGUAAUAAUUAUUUCACACGCCCAAUUAUAGAUAAUCUUGAAUUAUUUUUCACAAUAUCAAUCGUUAGAAAAAGCCAUCAUAGUUUUAAAUAAUUUAAGAGUUAGUGUAAGAUUGAGUUCUUGUAUGUGUAUUAAAUAGUUAAAAAAAUUGCAAUCUUUACAUUCUCGCAUUUAAACAAAAGAAUAAUAAUGAUUUGUUUGUGAUAACGAUUGUUUGUUUUGUGACUAUAUCGACGAUAUAAAUAUGCCAUCAUUUAUCUUAUUAUUUUUUUAACACAAUGCAUUUUUUUAUUUUCUCAAAAGUACAUCAAAAAAUAAAUAAUAGCCUUCGCACCUUAGAUUAAAUUAAUCUAGGCCUCGCACCAAAGAACUGCUUUUCAUUUUUAUCACAAUUACAACAAACAUACAAAGGGUUUUAUUUUAAUUUUUAAACAGAUCAAUUCAAUAAUAUGAUUUCCCAACUCCAAUGUUUUUACACAAUUUAUUUAGGUUAAGUUAUAUAAUAGUGCAAUAAGCAAUAUCCAAAAUAAAAAAAAACUCCAAAUUAAGAAAAAAAUGUGCAGCUUGGUUUAUGACUAUAAUAUUUGUAAACCGCGUUUUGAUAAUGUUGUAAAAAUUAGAAAGAUGCUUUGUAAAUGACUGAUUUAAUGUUUUUUUAAUAAACUAGUUAAUUUAAAAUAUUUAAUGUUAAAUGUAACUUGUAUAAAACAUUUUUCGAUCUUAAUAAUUGAAGUUAAGUAGAGUAGCAGUAGGAGAGUAGUACAUUCCUGAAAAUGUACAAUUUAUAUAAGUUAAACAAUAAUGAUUACUGUUGGCCUAUAGCACCAAUAGUCUUGGUCAGCUAAUGCGGUAGCGAAUUUCAUAUUACACCAAAAAUUUUUGAUGUAUUCAAAUAAUUAUACAUGAAUAAACAAUAUGUAAUACGGAACUAUGCUUUCAUUUAUUACUUUCCUUCACCAAC